CAGUCAUGGUCGUGCAUAAAAUGGGAAAGGUAUCCGACAUCGCGGCUGUGCAUUGCCAAAACAUCAGCAUCGCCAUCGGCGAGGAAGGAUAUGUCUACAUAUGGGGUAACUGCCGUGGUCAGAAGAUCACAAUUCCAACUGCCACUACGUUUUCAAACAUGUAUGACGCUCUUGCAUGUUACGGAUCGCCAAGCGUUAUGCACAAACCCCUAAUUCUUUACAGUGACGAAGAGCCAAGUGUAUUGGAGUGCCUGGGAAAUUCAUUCGAUGAUGAAGAUACAAGUGAUCUCACAAUACAAGUAGAAGGCCAAAGUAUCUUUGUGCAUAAAGCUAUUUUGAAGAUUCGCUGUUCGUAUUUUAGAAACAUGUUUCAACAUGAUUGGGCGGAAAACAAUCGAAGUGUCAUCAAGCUUGAUCAAUUUUCCUACGUCGUCUACAAAACCUUCCUGAAAUACUUAUAUACUGGCAUGAUCAAUUUACCUAUGGAGAAGACUGUAGAACUUUUGAACUUGGCUGAUUCUUACUGCGAGAGUAAUCUCAAGAAGCACUGCGUUCGGAUAAUAAAGCAAGGAAUUAGCGUAUCGAACGUUGCCUAUUUGUACAGCGUUGCAGUUCAAUACAAUGAGGAAGAGCUGGAAGAAUUUUGUAUUAGGUUCGCUAUUAAUCACAUGACGGCUGUGACGCAGACGGAAAGUUUUGCAAAUUUGGAUGAAAAUACGCUAAGAACUUUUAUAAUUAAGACAGGUAGAGCUGGUGUGUUUAAAAUGUAA